ACUCUUUGUUAGUUGAUGAGCUGUAACUUGAAUGCUUGUGUAUUUAUCAGGGAUGUAACAACUGGAGGGUCGUGCAGACUGGACAACGGCCUCCCAAAUGAUGACUGCCGCUUCAUCCCAUACAACCAGCAGGAAGCCACCUCCUCCCUCAUGUCCUAUUACUACCUCAGUGAUAUUGUGGACUUCUGCGACUCCAGCUCGAGUGAAGAGUUCUCUCACAGUGAGAUAGCCCCAAACAAGCAAAACCUUAUGUGUGAAGGCCGCUCAGUGUGGGACGUGGUGAGGCUACAUCAAGAUUUUCUCAAUGGAACGAACGCUGCCAUCACCGCCUCACAGCCUCCAGUGUUCAAAGUGGUGAGCCAAGAAGAGGCAAAGUUCGCCCUGGUGUUGGACCAUUCCGGCAGCAUGAGUGGCUAUGACAGGAUUCACAAACUCCAGCGGGCCGCCCAGCGCUGGAUCCUAUAUGAAGUGGCAGAUGGCAGCUCCGUCUGCAUUAUCACUUUCUCGACCACUGCAAGACUGGUGCAGGGAUUGACGGUGAUCAGUAAUACCACGAGAGAGGUCCUCGCUAACAUGAUAGAUGACAGACUCGAUUCUAGUACCAGCAUUGGUGCCGGGCUUAAACUGGCGGUGAAUGUACUGAAUGGUGGGAACUCUGUGAUUCUCCUCAUUACUGAUGGCGAGGAGAACACGGAACCGAUGAUCGCAGAUGUUAUGGAUACUGUGGUAGCUUCUGGUACCCGUGUAGUUUCCAUAGCCUUUGG